AAGAUUUACGAAACCCCGCCCACCUAUAUCAAGCCGAAGAUAGGCAUGAGCAGAAAUAAAGGAUUGGCCUGGCUAAUAACAGAUUCGAGGUCAACAUGAGAAAAUGAGGUUGUAUUAAACUGAUACAUUGCGUAUUAUUGCAGUAUCAUCAGCGCCAUCUGGUGGUGAAGUGUUAAUUUGUGGGCGUGUCUGUGUUUUGAUCUGGAAGCUGUUCUCGAAUGUCGUCAUGGGAAGCAAAGUGAGUGGCAAGAUGGCAGCUGCCAGUCGGGUCGUGCAGGUUGUGCGACCUCAUGCACCUUUAAUUAAAUUCCCAGAACGAAACGGCAUCCCCAGGCCAAAUGUACAAGAGGCACUGAAAGUGAUUGCUGCCAGUAUCCCACAGAUCUCCCCAUCUGCACCUCCACCUGCAACAUCAAUUUUACCUCCACCCAGACCACCAGGACCUGUCACCCAACUCCCUGGCACCCCAGACAGCAUUGCUGUAGUUCGAGAUCUCCCUCAGAGAUACCGCAGAAGAACCCUUGCGUUAGAAGAAAUGGACUACAUCCAGCGUGGUGGACCUGAGUGACAGUGGACUGAAGUCAUUAUUUGUGGAAAUUUUUUUUUGUUGCCUGAUAUUUUCUCUCUACAAAAGGAAUUCACAAAAUGUCACAACACAAUAAAGUACAAAGAAAUUAUAGUUAAAUUGUACAUAGAGAUUAUUAUUUAACAACUGUACAGCAUCUGAUUGGUUGUUGUACAUAUUCAGAUGCUCUAUAUUAACAGCAAGGAUGUUAAUUUUCACAUUAAAAGUAUACAGCUGCUUGCCUUUUUUGUAGUUUUCAAAGAACAUCUUUCCUAUUCUCAAGUCCAGUUGCUCUGUACUCUCUUAUUUGCCACCAUCUCUAACCAUCAUGAACAAAGCUGAUGGUGAAUUUCCUCUUUCACAUUACAUGUUCUGGCUUCAGAGCAAAGCAUUGAACUGAGUAACUGCAUAUUAUACAAGGUCUAUGCUGAAC